CUCCUCCCAGUAGCUUCCUUCUAUCUGACUCCGCUACCGUCGUGCUAAACAUGAUGCAAGCCAUGUUGGCAUGUCUGAGUAGAAAAGUGAGUAGAAAAGUAGAAGAAGAAGUGAAAGUGAGAGAAGCAGUGUACAGAGAUAAGUUGAUUAAGAAAAAGAAAGCGAAGAAAAGUGUCCGUUUUGCAGAUUCAGAAGCUUCCAUUUUUGGAGAAGAGAAGAAGGAAGAGAAAGGAAGGUACAGUGAUAAUGAAUCAAGAGGAAAAGAAACGAUCAGAGUGAAGGUAAAGAUGACAAAGGAAGAAGCUGCACGGUUGCUUUCAAAAUGCAAAGAAGGAGGAGUUCUCGAGUACAAAGAUGUUGCACAUCAGCUUCUAGCUCUCCCAGUAAACCGUGUUAGGGUUCUGUCUCCUUUACAUCGACCAUAAUUUCUCUCAGAUUCAGAAUACUAUAUACAUACAGGGAAAAGUCUCUUUAACAAUUUUUUUUUGACAAUUUUUUGACAACGCGUGACAGUCUAUGAUUGGUCCGUUUCAAAUAUUUUUUAAAAAUAAAUUCAAAAAGACCAUAAAAUGAUGACACGUGUCCUGUUAUCAAAAGGUUGUUAAAAAAGAAUUGUCAAAUUAUCAUUGUCCACUUAUAAUUACGUAUGAAAACACGAUCUUGUGCAGAAAAUUCAUUCCAUCAAGUUAUGUAUGGCUACUGAUGUUACUGAGAUCAUAUAACAAAGUUUUGUUAGCUUUAUCUUUCUGUACAGAUUACUGAUAUUGUAUUAAUAGGUGUUCAGAUGUUUUGGUUUGGUUGUUUAUAUGAACUUUUCUUGUAUUUUUUGUAAAAUAAGUUCUUAUUUCAACACUUCUAGCUCUAGUUUUUGUG